AAAAAGGGACAUGCGCGGUGUCACCUCGUAUACUUUCCGUGUUCCUUUUCUCGGCUUGUCUCCUCGUAGCGGCUUUUCGCUUCCACACGUGUAGCCUUUCCUAUGUGAAUCUCCCUCUCCUCAAUCCACGUGUGUGAAGCCACAGCAACCGGCAACCAUGGGGGCUUAUCUGUCGCAGCCGAACACGACCAAGACCUCCUCAGAUGGCGGCAACAGCACCAUGAGCUACGGCUUCUCCGCUAUGCAGGGCUGGCGGGUUUCCAUGGAGGAUGCUCACAAUUGUAUCCCUGAGUUUGACGAAGAGACCGCCAUGUUUUCUGUGUAUGAUGGUCAUGGAGGAGAAGAGGUGGCUCUUUAUUGCUCAAAGUACCUUCCUGAUAUCAUCAAGGAGCAGAAAACCUACAAAGAUGGCAAAUUACAGAAGGCACUGGAGGAUGCCUUCUUGGCCAUCGACUGCAGAAUCACCACAGAGGAUGUCAUCAAGGAACUGGUGCAGAUCGCCGGGCGUCCCAUCGAGGAGCCCCCCAUUCAAAAAGUGGCAGACGAAGAUGACGUGGACACAGAGGAGGCGGCGUUACUUCAUGAGGAGGCCACGAUGACCAUCGAGGAGCUGCUCGUGCGCUACGGACAGAAUAAGAACGCUAACAAACAAGCCAUUGCUAGCAGCGCAACCGUGAAGAAAGCAUCGGGCCAGUCUCCAAAGGCCUCUGGACACAAGGGGGAAAGUGAGGAAGGACCAAAGAAGGAAGGGAGUGUGAAUGGAGAGGUGGAGGAGGAGAGCAACGGAAUGGAGGACGACGACGGAGCAGACCGCGGGUCCAAGCUGCGGGCAUGCCGCAGAACCCUUAAUGAUGAAGGCUGCGGCUCAGUAGCAGACUGCGACGGCUCAGGAGGCUCCAAUGGAGAUGACAAGACCGCUAAAGCUGAGGUGGACGCAGGCCCCUCAUGUUCUUCGUCCUCCAAAACUGAAGGCGAUUCCAAGUCCAGAUUCUUCGACGACAGUGAGGAGUCUGAAGGGGAGGGUGAAGAUGAGGAGGAGAAAGACGAGGGCAGUGAAGAAGAGGAUGGCAGUGAAGAAGGGGAGGAGGUUGACAGCAGUGAGUUAGAAGAGGAUACUGAAGAGGGAGAGGAAGACUCUGAGGAUGAAGAUGAGGAGGAAAUGAGUCUACCUGGAAUGAAUGGCAAAGAGGAGCCUGGCUCAGACAGCGGCACCACUGCUGUUGUGGCUCUGAUCCGAGGCAAACAGCUGAUUGUGGCCAACGCUGGAGAUUCCCGCUGCGUGGUCUCCGAGCGAGGGAAAGCGGUGGACAUGUCUUAUGACCAUAAGCCUGAGGAUGAGCUGGAGCUGUCUCGUAUUAAAAAGGCUGGAGGCAAAGUAACCGUGGACGGACGGGUCAAUGGCGGACUGAACCUCUCCAGAGCCAUUGGUGAUCAUUUCUACAAGAGGAACAAGGUCCUGCCCCCAGAGGAGCAGAUGAUCUCGGCCAUGCCCGACGUGAAAGUUUUGACCCUCAACGAUGACCACGACUUCAUGGUCAUCGCCUGCGACGGCAUCUGGAAUGUGUUGAGCAGUCAGGAGGUGGUGGACUUCAUCAGCGAGAGGAUCAAGCCGGACCACAGCGGCGCCAGACCGCUUUCGUCCAUCGUGGAGGAGCUUUUGGACCAUUGUUUGGCCCCAGACACAUCUGGAGACGGGACAGGAUGUGACAACAUGACCUGCAUGAUUGUCACCUUCCGACCGCACCCGUGCCUCGCUCAGACCCUGUCAGAUGACACGAAGAAGAGGAAGCACCCGGAGGAGGAGCAAGAGGAGAAGGCGGCGGCGAGGGGAGCCAAGUCCGAGAACAACGGGAAUGACAGCAAAAAGCCCAAAAGUGACCAAAGCUAAGGAAGAACUGUUGGGGGCGCGAGCAGCUGGUCACCAGAAAUGAAGUCCUGACCUCACACAAUGCUCACUUCACCAUGAAACAAAGUUUUCUGUUUUAGGUGGAUCCUCUCUUUAAACUCACAAGUUGUUUCUGUCCUUCGCUGACAUUGGUAAUGACGAUGAGCCCCCUCCCUCCCUCCAGCCCUUGCUAUUCAGUGGCAACUAGAGCAAUUCAUCUUUUCCUUAACCUACAUUUGGACCACGCUUUGGUUCAUUCCCGACUUUUUUCCGAACCGCCCCGAAUUUUCUCUACCUGGCUUUCGCACACUUUAAUUUUCAUGGGAGUUUGAGCUUACUUUGCAUUUCUGUCCCCAGCUUUCAUUUUGCCCAACACCUGCACGAUACUCCUGGGGUGUUCUGAAGCAGUCGGCGCCUCUGCCAAGUGCCAUAAAAGUUGUGAUUUGCAUCUAUUUGUCCAUCUUUAGAUUGUCUGCAGGCAGAGCACAGAGGCCAUGUUUGCUGUCAAGCAGUGAUGGGACAGACCAAGAGCGUGUUUUGAGUUUAGUGUUGCAUUGGAUCCCCCCCCCCUUUUUUUUCUUCAUUCCUCCAUGUCGUCAAUGUUUAAAUGAAUUUCUGGAAGCGAGAAAGUAUUUUUUAUCCCCCAAACACCCUUAGAAGUCCAUCCAGAGACAUCCAUUAUAUCACCAUUUUCAAUAUAAUUUUUUUUAGAUUAGGAUUUAUAUUAAGCAAAGGCAAUUUGUACCUAAAUAGUGCUAUCUCUUUAUAAGAUCGUUGCGAUCUGUGGAGGUGAAGCACCAAGUUUGUUUUUGAGUGGUACAAUUUGAAUUCAAGACUUUCAAGCUUUCAACUCCUUAUGAUUGUAAGUUGGGGUCUCACAUUCUUAAUUUUCCCUCCUGUACAUAGUCCCCCCCACUUCCAGUCCUUGUACGUGAAGAUUAAAAUCACUUUUUCUUUGUAAUUGUAUGUCUGUGUAACAUUUUUGGUGAAUUCUCUUUUGACACCAGUAUGUAAGUACAUUCAAUAAAUUUUUUUUUACAAAAGCAAAA